AUGAUAGCUCACAAAAUCCCAAUCCUUGGGGUUGUGUUCAGUUCAACUCUGGACUUCUCACCUCAGAUUGCAGACACUGUGUCCAGGGCCCGGCGGACUCUUGGCUUUGUCACACGUGUCUCAAGGAACUGGGGACAUGAAACUUUCCGCGCUCUCUACGCUGCCUUAGUCCUGCCUCGUCUGGAAUACUGCUGCUCCGUGUGGGGACCCUUCCAGGCUCACCUCAUCGACAGGCUGGAGGGCGUGCAGCGCCGGGCUACUCGAACACUUCAUUCUCGGAUGUUGGGCCGGCAAGUUCCUGUGCCGCCAUAUGAAGCUCGCCUUAGGGCCCUUGGGUGGCAAAGCCUCUGCCACCGCCGGACAGUGGCUCGGGUUGGGCUCCUUUGUAGGUUGCUCGACGGGUCCAUGAGUGAUACCCACCUCCACUCAUGCAUCAGGAUCGGGAAGCGAUCCGGGCAGCCAAAACUCCUGCACGCCCGAACAGUGCGCCACUCGCACUCCGUACUCCCCGCCGCCCUCAGAGACUUUCUUGCGGCUCCCCUGUCGAUUCGAUCUCCACUCCCCAACAACCGUGACGAGUCCGCUGCCUUGCGCCGUGCAUUUUCGCGGUCAAAGCACCUAAACUGAUUCUACGCCAUGAUCAGUGUUCGGUU